CAAGGAGUCCGCACUACCGCACCAAAAUGGGACUUGAACCCAUAACCUUGUAGAAUCGGGGAAUAAGCGCAGUGCUAAGUGAGACAAAGCUAGCAUCUGCAUAUGGUCGCAGUAAUUCAAUUCCAACCCACCUUUUAACUCAAUUUUUAAAGUGGUGGUGGGGUGAGAAGUUUCGAAGAAGGGAACAAUAAUUUUAAGGACGUGCAAACAGUCAAGACUGCAGAUGCUGAAGUCAGAGUCAAUUGAUGUGGGGCUGGGAAAACACAGCAGGUCAAGCAGCAUCCGAGGAGCAGGAGAGUCAACGUUUCGAGCCGAGUGCCUUCGCCAGGUUUAAGGACAUUACGGUGCCAGUGCAGCGCUCCUUUUAGUGUAAUUAUGGCAGAAAGGUACCUGACUGACAACCUGGAUGACGUCAUGCAGUAAGCGGAGAGCAUUCGGAAGCGGUGCCGCUCAGCCGCCGGGGCAAAGGAAUAGGCCAGCGGUUCAUCAGCGGGAGGACAACGAGAGGGAAACCUUCGCUCUCAAGGCAGGAGUCGGGUCAGAGCGGGAGAGUCUGCAAGCCCGACAGAGUGGAGGAGAACGGCUGAAAGAACGGCGGCAUUUUGGAUGGUCGUGCGCGCGUUUCGGUUGGGAGCGCGAGCGGAAUCCAAACGGCCGCUCGAGCUUCUCCCUCCAAUAAACAUGGAGGCGUGAGGAGGAGAGGGGAGGACAGACAAUCAUCAUUUGCUUAUCACGGACUUGAAGGGAGAAAGAAAGAGAGGAAUGUUUCAAGGCGAAGCGCCGCUGGCGCGGUGCAGCAACUCGGCGUUUCUCCUUCAUCGUUACACUUUCCUAUGGAGGAGCUGGAGUUUCUAACAACCUGCCGCUCGCUAUGCUCAAGCCCAGCAAGGGCAAUGGAGAACUGCCCCUGCCACCCGGUUGGGAAGAGGCGACCGACUACGAUGGGAAGUUGUACUACAUUGACCAUAACACCAAGCAGACGAGCUGGGUCGAUCCCCGCGACAGAUGGACCAAACCCCUCUCCUUUGGUGAUUGCGUAGGAGAUGAGUUGCCUUUGGGUUGGGAAGAAGCAUUUGAUGCACAAGUCGGAAUCUAUUACAUUGAUCACAAUACACAGACAACACAGGUAGAAGAUCCUCGAGCUCAGUGGCGUAGAGAACAGGAGCGCAUGUUGAAAGACUAUCUAAUCAUAGCGCAAGAUGCACUAACUGCACAGAAGGAAAUUUACCAAGUAAAACAACAGAGAUUAGAAUUGGCCCAACAUAAAUACAGGCAACUAAACGAUGUCUGGAAGGAUAAGUCAAGUUCUCAGACCAGCUUGUUUUCUGGCUCUUCAUCUAGUACUAAGUAUGACCCUGACAUUCUCAAGGCGGAGAUUUCAACAACAAAAUCUAGGGUGAAUAAAUUGAAACGAGAGCUGACUCAUAUGAGGCAGGAGCUUCAGUACAAAGAACAAGGAUUUGAAACUCUAAAAGCAAUCGAUCUAAAGAUGUCAGGAACUCAGGGAGGAUACAAACUUGAUGAAGCACAGGCUAUUAUGAACGAAAUGAAAACCAUCAAAAGGGCUAUUAACUCAGGAGAGAAAGAGAAAAGAGACCUCAUACAGAGCUUAGCCACAUUGAAAGAUGGUUUCCGAAUUGAGGCAGGAUUUCACUGUGAUCUCUGGACGAGUCAUACAUCAUUAUUAAGCACAAACCAGCCUGUUAACCCCCAUUUCUCAGAUGUUGGGUCCCAGACAGAUAUUUCAGGAGAUUUUGUUUCUAGCAAUAAUGCUAAACUGGCUGAGAAGGUGAGACUGAGCCUGCAAUAUGAAGAAGCAAAGCAAAGGAUUUCAAAUAUCAAGAUUGAACUGGCUAAACUUACCAGUGAGGCAUGGCCUGGAGUAUUAGAUGCGGAACGGGACAGGCUGAUACUGAUCAAUGAGAAAGAAGAACUUUUGAAGGAGCUGCAGUUUAUUAACCCUCGUAAAUGGGCACACAGUGAAGUCGAACAGCUGGAGAUAGAAAGGAAGCGAUUGGCAGAUGAUCUUCAGGCUGCAAGGGACACACAAAGCAAAGCACUGACAGAAAGAUUGAAGAUGCAUAGCAGGAGAAACAACUUGUUGAGGGAGUUAGAAGAAGCAACACGUUUAGCCUCAUCAUUGCAUUCGCAGCUACAAAGUCUCUCAACCAGCACUUUGUCACUAUCAUCUGGAAGUAGUAAAGGGUCAUUGACGUCCAGCCAUGGAUCCCUUGCUGCAUCAAGCCAAGGAUCCUCAAGCUCUGUUAGCUUCACUGACCUCUAUUAUGAUCAUCCAGAACACACCGUAGACUCUGACUAUCAGUAUAAACUAGACAUCUUGCUUCAAGAGGGCACUUCAGGCAACAGACCAGCGGGCUGCAUAACUACCAUUCAUGAAAAUGAAGUGGUCAGUUCUCGCAAUGGUUCCUCUUACAUAGAUACUUGUGGAGCUUCAAGCAAGAUUCAAGCGCGGAGGUCUUUGUCUGAGACUCCAAAAUCUCUUUCUUCGCUAUCACCUAGGUCUUCCUUGUCCUCCUUGUCACCACCUAGCUCUCCCUUGGUAAUAGACCCUCAUUUUAUGGUUCCUUCAGGGGACCCCCUUUUGAACCAUGUUGCUACAGACAUUGAAGACACAGGACUGCUUGCUGAUAUUGCUAACUUCGGUUUACACACUGAAGAUGAUAAUCAGAUUUCUUCAAGAUCUAUACCACCAAAUAAGGUUUUGUCACCCUCUUUAAAUUUGGAAGCUGAAAUUGGAUCAGAAUCAGGGCUUUGUAGCAAUUCAUCAAAAGCAUUGAGUGAAGAAUUUGGAAUUUGUAUAAAAAGCAAUGAAAGAAUAGAAGAUGCCAGCACUCAAACAGAGAUGUUUGGACCAGCAAUCCACCGCAAAAUUACUGGUGUUUCUGCAGCUGUAUCAGAUGAGUCAGUGGCAGGUGACAGUGGUGUAUAUGAAGUGGUCAAAAGAUCAUGUGAGAUAGAAGAUGUACUUUCUGAUGAUGAAACUGAUGCACCAGGAGCUGCCAGACUCCAGAUUGGAAUGAAGUAUGAUGAUAAAAGCAAAAGAUUUGCUAUUUUUAUUAUUCAGUUGAGUAAUCUAGCAGCACUUUCCUUACCACAGAACCGAACAGUUUAUAUCCGGGUGGCUGUACUCCCAUGCUCUGAAAAUACAAGUUGUCUGUUCCGCACCAAAUCAUCAGUUGCUGCUGAAAGCCUGACAUACAAUGAAGUCUUUUGGAUCACCAUUUCUUUUUCUGCUUUGCAUCAGAAGACUCUGCGAGUUGAUGUUUGCUCAGUGGAUAAAUCUCAUCGAGAAGAGUGUUUGGGUGGUGCUCAGAUCAGCCUGGCAAAUCUGAACAGAUGUGCAGAGUGGUCAACACACUGGUACAACCUCCUUAAUCUUCACUAUCUACAGGAGCAAAGCAUGAAGCAUAGUGCACAAAACGAAGGUGUUCUUCAAUCAGAAACUAAACACCCCACAGCAGAGAAAAAAGAUUCUGUGUCUGCACUCCUCGAACAAACAGUUGCAGAGCUGGAGGCAGUGGAGUGGCGACUAGGAAAGAACAGAAAUUUGUUGAGUCCAGAAGAGGAAAGACCAAGUGCACCAGUGAAGGAAGAUGACAACAAAGAGAAAGAAGUAAGCAAGGAGGGAGAGCAAGAACAAGAAGACAAUGAAGAAAUACUUUGGGAAAAUGAAGACUAUGUUGAGAAUACCAAUGAGCCAACUGAUGAUCAGUCAGUGCUAGGAACACUUGUUGCAAUGAAGGUUGAUAAAGAAACUAACACAGAGGAGACUGUGACAACUACUUUUGUUGUGCGUCCAAAGGAUAGAAGAACUCAUACUACUCAACAAAGCCCAUUUGUGAGAGGCAGUGCAAUUAUUCGUUCAAAAACCUUCUCUCCGGGUGCACAGAAUCCCUAUGUAUGCAGGUUAAAUCGAAGUGAUAGUGACAGCUCAACAUUAUCCAAAAGGCAGCCCUUUGUUCGGAAUGCGAUGGAGCGACGCAGUUUGCGAAUGAAAAUGCCUUCAAUCAGAAGGGUAGGAUCAGAAAGGCUGAUGCGAACCUCUUUGGAUUUGGAAUUGGAUCUACAGGCAUCAAGGACCAGGCAGCGCAGGCUAACACAGGAACUCGAUACCUUGAGGGACCUGAGACGACAAAUUGAUGAGGCCAAAGCCAGAGGAGAGACAGAACUGCCUCAGUGGGUGAAAGAGGAUGAGAGGUUUCAAACCUUGUUGAAGCAAGUUGAAAAACAGGCGGAGCAAACAAAAGAACAACAGAAACAGGAGAGCAAAGUUCAAAGGCUUAUGAAGAAAACAUCGAAAGAGGUGAACAAGUUACGAGAACAGAGUCAAAAAGAGCCCCUAGAGAUGCAAUCAUUCUGGGAGAAGAUGGCAUUUUUCACAAGAGGAAGGGGAGGUAUCCUUCCAUUACCAGCUGAUGAUGUAUGAUCAGCACAAAGCCUUUUAAUUAUUUGCAGUAUAGUCUCUUACUGCUGAUUUUUUUAACAUGGUUUAACUGAAGUUACAUAUUGUGAUGGUACAGAUAUAUUUUGUAAAUUUAGAGAACUGUUUUUGUAGUCACUGCAUUGUUCGAAUGUAUUAAAACCUACACUUCACUAUUUGUCGAACUCUUGUAGAGGCAGUGUAGCAUAGAUUAAUGUUAAACUAAUUUGUACAGUUUAUAUUUCAAAGUUUGUAAAAAAAACCAAAAAAAGACAUCCAAGAACAAAAUCUGUUGAAAAUACUUUCAAAAAGAAAUGUUGCUUUCAGUUUAUUGUACAGUAAAUAGUUUUAUAAAUGUUAAGCUGCAAUAGAUGAGGCACUAAUUAGAAACUGUGAUUAAAUAACAUUCAGUAUUGUUUGUGAUGUCAUUGUCUUGAGGUACAUCAACGGAAGCUCUACAUUCUUCUGUCAAGAUAGUCUGUUAUCUAAUAUUGUAAACAAAGCCCCCUUCAUUUUCUCCAGUAUAUAUUUAUAAAAGUUAGGUAAAUUUACUUCUGGAAAUAAUGUUAUGUAGUUUUUAAACAAUGUGUAUUGUAUUUGUGUGCAAGUUGAAUGAUCUUUAUUUAAGGGAAAAAUCUAGUUUUGACACUGAAUGAUCAAUUUUAGGACCAAGUAAAUGACGGUUUCUGUUUUUGUAA